AAUAGCAUUUCCGGCAGCUCUCGCUUUAUUCAUAAAUGCUGCUGGUAGACGCUUAAAGUAAUAUGAGUUACCACUCCUCUCUAAAAUCCUGGCUACGUCACUUAAUUAACUAUACAGAAGCCUUAAAGCUUAAAAGAAGAUAAAUACUAGUUUGGUACCAGUUCCAAAGGUUUAAAUUCUGCGCUAGUAAUGGUACAAUCAUAUUUACAAAACGCUGCAACUGGGCUGCUCUACAUUACAUAUGUAUGUAUAUGGAAUUUAUGUACAUCUGUAUGUACAAAUUUCUAUAUGAAAAUACAUAUUUACUAGUAGUUAUGUACAUAAACAAUCCAACAAACAAUGACACUAUAGUGGCACUAUCGCACGAAAAGUCAACUGCAAAGACCCGCCGCCAUAUCGCUCGAGCUUUAUCAUUUCUGUUACUCAUUGCCGACGAUUGCUGCUUGUUCUUGCCUUGGCUGACGAGCCUGCUGCUAAUAUUUGCAUUUUCAUACAACAAAAUUCAGUAGAUAUUUAGCGGCGCUAAUGAACGGUUCAUCUUUGACGAUAAUUAAACAAAAAUAAAAGUGAAACUAUAACAAAAAAUAUUAAAAAACGAAAGUUUUGCUCUUAAUUAUAAAACAAAAGCAAAAAUUAAUCAAAAAAAUCAUAAUGCAGCAGAAUUUUGUAUUUUUACUCUUCGCCAUCACAGUUUGUUCGAGCGUCGUUUAUGGACUACAAUUCACUGAUUGCGGUUCAAAAACUGGCAGUUUCACCAAAGUCAUCAUAUCGGACUGUGAUACCACCAAAAAUGAAUGCAUACUUAAACGCAAUACAACUGCUUCGAUCACAAUUAAUUUCGCGUUAAAUGAGAUUGCAUCGAAAAUUACAACGGUGGUGCAUGGCAAGGUGAUGGGCGUCGAGAUGCCGUUCCAUUUGCAGAAUCCCGAUGCUUGCGUCGAUAGCGAGCUUAAAUGUCCGCUUGAGAAGGACGAAACAUAUGAAUAUAAAGCCACUUUGCCGGUGUUAAAGGCUUAUCCCAAGGUACAUGUACUUGUUAAAUGGGAAUUGCAGGACCAGAACAACGAGGACAUCAUUUGUGUGCAAAUUCCGGCUAAAAUACAAUAAAUAGAUACUCGUAUAGCUAAAAUAUAGUUAAAUAUGAAAAAAACAAAAACAUGUCCAGUAUGUUAAGCAACUGUUCAUUUGACAAGUUGGAAAUCGAAAUAAAUAAAUAAAACAUUUAUAUAUACAUAUGUACAAAUAUAUUUUAAAAA